AUUCCACUGCUGAAGCUUACUCGCGUUUGCUUUGUUCAAAUUGUGCUUUCUCGAAUCGGCAGCAGAUUGAACUUCCCGCCGCACGGAAAAAUGGCGGCCACUUCCACUCCAACACUCCCCAGCUUCCUCGGCAUCGGAUCGAUCCUGUCGCAGUCACCAAUCUCUCGCCGCCGGGGAAGCCUGAAUUUCCGCAGAAUCGGAAGAGUUUCAAGCAGUGUCUCCUGCGACUACUCUUGCUUCGAAGUUAGAAAUGUUAGGUAUAGACCUCCCGGAACGGAGCUCGACCUUCUGAACGAUGUCAGUUUUUCUCUCCCAGAAAAGAGCUUUGGCUUGAUUUUUGGGCAGAGCGGUAGCGGGAAAACUACUCUUCUGCAGCUUCUUGCCGGAUUGAACAAGCCUACUUCUGGUACCAUUGGCAUCCAAAGGUACAACAGUGAUGGCAGCCGAAAUAGUGACUCUCCCAAGCCUCUUCCUCCAGAAAGAGUCGGUAUAGUCUUCCAGUUUCCUGAGAGGUAUUUCGUGGCUGAUACAAUCCUAGAGGAAGUUACGUUUGGAUGGCCGAGGCAAAAAAGCAGUCUUCAAGUGAGGGAGCAGCUUGUUUCACAACUUCAAACGGCUAUUAAUUGGGUUGGUCUAAAUGGAAUUUCUUUAGAUAAAGAUCCUCACUCGCUGAGUGGUGGAUACAAGUGCCGGCUUGCCCUAGCUAUUCAAUUAGUGCAAGUACCGGAUCUAUUGAUACUGGAUGAGCCUCUUGCUGGUCUUGAUUGGAAGGCACGGGCAGAUGUUGUAAAGCUGUUGAAACAUCUGAAGAAAGAGUUAACUGUAUUGGUAGUCAGUCAUGACCUCAAAGAGUUCACCUCGCUUGUUGAUCAUUCUUGGAGGAUGCAGAUGGGAGGGUUUCUCCAAAAGGAGCUUCUUCCAUUAUAAGCUAGGAAGCCUCCCGUUCUUCACUAAGUACCAAGCUGACAAACUUCAAGAGUACAUUUUGCUUGUGAACAUGAUAUGCGAACGAGGUAAACUAAUUUUCAGGAAGUUCCAGUACUCCAAAGGAUGGGCCUAAUUAAAAUGUAGCUGGUGCUUGUCAUGGAAUCACUAGGUUGAUUACUCGUACGUCUGUCUUGUAGUGCCAUAGCUAAAGUCUUGAAUUAUCAGGUGCCCUCCUUUCCCUUUCCUCUCAUUUAAUCGAAAGGCAGCCCCUCAUGAAAACUGGUGUAUGCUCGUUGUAUAUGCUGGACAGACCAUAGCCCUCUGAGCUGCCAUGUACUGAAGUGGCAGAAACUGUCUACCCUAAGCUUGCUGGGAAACACCAUGUCCCAUUUGAACAAUGGAGAGCAUUAACUAGCAUGAAAAAUGUUAAGCUUAGUUUGCUAUUUAGUUAUUUUUUUCCGCAUUAGAAUCUAUACUCGUCAUGAUUAUCAACUUUGCUUCAUGAUUGCAAUGACCUACGGAUGUUUGUCUGCUACUUUCUUACUGAAACCUUUUCUGCCGAGAGAUAGUCCAAGGUGCAGGAGACAUAACUAGAAGUGGGGUGGCAAAUAGCUAAGGGCCUUCAAUAACCUUCUGGUAUAUUUUGAGAAUGCAUGCAUUUCGGUUUCCAGGAUAUAUGUUACUGAAAGUGUACGUCCUGCAUGUUGCGUUUGAAGAUGUAAGCUGCCAACCAUGAAAUCAAUGUAUAACCCCACCGUGGCACCGUCAAGAGACAAAGAUGUUACGGAUCAGGCUCUCCUAACUACCUACUGCUUCCUCUCUCAAUUGACGGCUCGGCUCUCAGUCUCUCACCACGAGUCGGAUGCUCAGUUGCGGGAUAUUGCUCAACACCUAAUCCAAACCCAAUGGAAUCCCUUUUCUUCCUCCUCCUUUGCAGAUCUCUCGCUUUGUCUCUAAAUCUGAAUCUUCCCGAAGAAAAAAAGGAACCACCUCCGCCGCCAUUUCGGCAAUGGGGACCGAGAUAUCCGAAUCCCUGCUCCUGGACUCCGCCGGCGCCGUCCCGGUCGAGCGGGUGCCGGAGUGGAAGGAGCAGAUCACGGUCCGGGCCCUUGUCGUGAGCGCGUUGAUGGGCGGACUGUUCUGCGUCAUCACGCACAAGCUCAACCUCACGGUCGGAAUCAUCCCCUCGCUGAACGUCGCUGCCGGGCUACUCGGGUUCUUCUUUGUCAAGUCCUGGACUGGAGUGAUGUCCAAAUUAGGGUUCAGCGUUGCUUCGUUCACCAAGCAGGAGAACACGGUGAUCCAGACUUGCGUUGUCGCAAUCUACGGCCUCGCCGUCAGCGGUGGAUUUGGAUCCUACUUGAUAGCUCUGGACGAGAAGACGUAUGAAUUGAUUGGGAAGGAUUAUCCUGGCAAUCGGCCGGAAGAUGUAAUGAACCCUGGACUAGGAUGGAUGAUUGGGUUUAUGUUCGUGGUCAGCUUUCUCGGGCUCUUUAGCUUGGUUCCACUCCGCAAGGUUAUGGUAAUGGAUUACAAGCUUACCUAUCCAAGUGGGACUGCUACGGCAAUGUUGAUCAAUAGUUUCCAUACAGACAAUGGAGCUGAGCUGGCUGGGAAGCAAGUCCAGUGUCUUGGGAAGUACUUGAGCAUGAGUUUCGUAUGGAGCUGCUUCAAAUGGUUCUUCAGUGGUGUCGGAGACUCGUGUGGAUUUGGCAAAUUCCCAAGUCUUGAUCUCACGCUUUUCAAGAACUCGUUUUACUUCGACUUCAAUCCUACUUAUGUUGGAUGCGGUCUUAUUUGUCCACACAUAGUUAACGUCUCCUGUCUUUUGGGGGCCAUCAUCUCUUGGGGCUUCCUGUGGCCCUUCAUCUCUGAAAAAUCUGGUGACUGGUAUCCAGCUGACCUCGGUGGCAAUGAUUUCAAGGGGCUUUAUGGAUAUAAGGUCUUCAUACCUAUUGCUAUUAUUCUCGGGGAUGGACUCUAUAAUCUAGUUAAAAUUAUUUAUGUUAGUACCAAGGAAUUGCUGAAUAAAAGCACCAAAGAGCACAAGCUUCCUGUUAUCACCGAGAUUCAAGAUGAGGAGACUUCAAAAGUGCUACUACUACAGCAAAAACAAAGAGACUCAGUAUUUCUGAAAGACAGAAUCCCCACAUGGUUCGCUGCAUCUGGAUACGUUUGCUUAGCCGCAAUCUCAACUGUCACAAUGCAGGUUAUCUUCCCACCUCUAAAAUGGUACCUUGUCCUCUCCUGCUAUAUCCUCGCCCCAGCUCUCGCCUUCUGCAACUCCUACGGCACAGGGCUAACAGACUGUAACCUAACCGCCACCUAUGCCAAAAUUGGCCUCUUUGUCGUUGCCUCGGUAAUUGGCCCUAAUGGCGGUGUUGUUGGCGGGUUAGCCGCCUGUGGAGUCAUGAUGUCCAUCAUCUCGACUGCUGCUGAUCUCAUGCAGGACUUCAAAACGGGAUACCUCACCUUAUCCUCUGCCAAAUCCAUGUUCGUCAGCCAACUGAUUGGAACAGCCAUGGGUUGCAUCAUCGCCCCGUUGACCUUCUUCAUGUUUUGGUCGACUUUCGAUGUUGGUGCACCAGACGGGCCCUACAAGGCACCCUACGCCGUCAUAUUCAGAGAAAUGGCGAUACUUGGUGUGGAAGGGUUGUCGCAGCUCCCCAGGAACUGUCUGGCCAUAUCCUAUUUCUCCCUCGCAGCUGCUUUUGUUAUAAACCUGCUCAAAGACGUCACUCCUAAGAAGAUCUCCCAGUUCAUUCCCAUUCCUAUGGCAAUGGCGGUCCCGUUCUAUAUCGGAGCUUACUUCGCAGUGGACAUGUUUGUGGGGACGGUGAUACUGUUCGUGUGGGAACGAGUGAAUCGGAAGGAUUCGGAGGACUAUGCAGGGGCUGUUGCUUCUGGGUUGAUAUGUGGCGACGGGAUAUGGACUAUACCGUCGGCGGUUCUUUCGCUGUUGAAGGGAGCCACCUCCGCCGCCGUUUCGGCAAUGGGGACCGAGAUAUCCGAAUCCCUGCUCCUGGACUCCGGCGAGGCGACCUGCGGUGACAUCCCGACCGAGCAGGUACCGGAAUGGAAGGAGCAGAUCACAAUCCGAGGCCUGGUCGUGAGCGCACUGCUGGGUGGACUGUUCUGCGUCAUCACGCACAAGCUCAACCUCACGGUCGGAAUCAUUCCCUCGCUGAACGUCGCCGCCGGGCUACUCGGGUUCUUCUUUGUCAAGUCCUGGACUGGAGUGAUGUCCAAAUUAGGGUUCAGCGUUACUCCGUUCACCAAGCAGGAGAACACAGUGAUCCAGACUUGCGUUGUCGCUACCUACGGCCUCGCCUUCAGCGGUGGAUUUGGGUCCUACUUGAUUGCUCUGGAUGAGAAGACCUAUGAAUUGAUUGGUAAGGACUAUCCUGGAAAUCGGGCACAAGAUGUUAUGAACCCUGGACUAGGAUGGAUGAUUGGCUUUAUGUUCGUGGUCAGCUUUCUCGGACUCUUUAGCCUGGUUCCACUCCGCAAGGUUAUGGUUAUGGAUUACAAGCUUACUUAUCCAAGUGGGACUGCUACGGCGAUGUUGAUUAAUAGUUUCCACACAGACACUGGAGCAGAGCUGGCUGGUAACCAAGUCAAGUGUCUUGGGAAGUACUUGAGCAUGAGUUUUGUCUGGAGCUGCUUCAAAUGGUUCUUCAGUGGUGUUGGAGACUCUUGUGGAUUUGACAACUUCCCUAGUCUUGGUCUGACGCUUUUCAAGAACUCGUUUUACUUCGACUUUAGUCCUACUUAUGUUGGAUGCGGUCUUAUUUGUCCACACAUAGUUAACGUCUCCUGUCUUUUGGGAGCUAUCAUCUCUUGGGGAUUCCUGUGGCCCUUCAUCUCUGAGAAAGCUGGUGACUGGUAUCCAGCUGACCUCGGUAGCAAUGAUUUCAAGGGCCUUUAUGGAUAUAAGGUCUUCAUAUCUAUUGCUAUUAUUCUCGGGGAUGGACUCUAUAAUCUAGUUAAAAUUAUUUAUGUUAGUACCAAGGAAUUGCUGAACAAAAGCACCAAAGAGCACAAGCUUCCUGUCAUCACCGAGAUUCAAGAUGACGAGACUUCAAAAGUGCUACUAGAGCAAAAACAGCGAGACACUGUAUUUCUAAAAGACAGAAUCCCCUCCUGGUUCGCUGCAUCAGGGUAUGUCUGCUUAGCAGCAAUCUCAAUCGCAACAAUGCCGCUCAUAUUCCCACCUCUCAAAUGGUACCUCGUCCUUGCAUGCUACAUCCUCGCACCAGCUCUCGCCUUCUGCAACUCGUACGGCACAGGCCUAACCGACUGGAGUCUGACCUCCACCUAUGGCAAGAUCGGCCUCUUUGUUGUCGCCUCGAUUAUUGGCCCUAACGGUGGAGUUGUUGGCGGACUAGCUGCCUGUGGUGUCAUGAUGUCGAUUGUCUCGACUGCUGCUGACCUAAUGCAGGACUUCAAAACGGGCUACCUCACUUUAUCCUCCGCCAAAUCCAUGUUCGUCAGCCAGCUGAUCGGAACAGCCAUGGGAUGCGUCAUUGCUCCAUUGACCUUCUUUAUGUUUUGGUCGGCUUUCGAUGUAGGUUCUCCGGACGGACCCUACAAGGCGCCCUACGCAGUCAUAUUCAGAGAAAUGGCGAUACUGGGUGUCGAAGGGCUGUCGGAGCUCCCCAGGAACUGUCUAGCCAUAUGCUAUUUCUCCUUCGCAGCUGCAUUGGUUAUAAACCUUCUCAAAGACAUCACUCCUAAGAAGAUCUCCCAGUUCAUUCCCAUUCCUAUGGCCAUGGCGAUCCCAUUCUACAUCGGAGCUUACUUCGCAGUGGACAUGUUUGUGGGAACGGUGAUACUGUUCGUGUGGGAGCGAGUGAACCGGAAGGAUUCGGAGGACUAUGCAGGGGCUGUUGCCUCCGGGCUGAUAUGUGGCGACGGGAUAUGGACUAUACCAUCGGCUGUUCUUUCGCUGUUGAGGGUUAACCCGCCGAUUUGUAUGUCUUUCGGCCCUGCUUUGAGUCGCUGAGAUUUGACAAAGAUGAAGGGCUAUCAAACUGCUCUCUGGAAUUUACAGUCCAUCAUGUGUUGUACGCUCAUUUGGUAGGGAAGAAGCAGUCUCUGGUCUCUUUGAGAGCCUGUACAUGUGUAGAAGUGACUGUAAAUAUCAUGCAAAGCCUAGGAAAACAACAGAUCCUUUGUUGUAUCGUAGGUUUUUUUCACUUUUCAGUACAUGUCUCUGGUUUAUCUCAUUAUGUUGAAUUGUUGUUAGGGCCACGAUGCUUCGAUUGAUUUGAUCUUAGGUUUUGAUUUGGGUUUUUAUUGAGUGUGGCUUUCCGUAGGUGUGGAUGAAACCAAAUCGAGGAUUGCCUAUGUUGCUCAAGUUAGUAU